GUUUCCAGAGAUAACUUCAUCGGUCAGCUCCUCGGUCCUCGCGGACGCAGCCUAGCUGAAAUGAACAUGCAGUCAGGUGCUAAUAUCGUCAUCCGUAGGAAGGGGUCGGUGACGGAAGGGAGAGGAAGAGGAAGGGCAAAGGCCAGUGGUCGGCGCGAAAUCAACGAUAGAAAUUUGCUGCAGCUACGAGACCUCGCUGUUGUAAACGGGACCUUACGAGACGACUAGAGUCGUGGUGAGAGGGGCAGGGAUGGGUGGAGGGGAGGAAUUGACGUAGGCAUUAGAUGCGAUAUCUGCGGUGGCGGCCACAUCACUCGUAAUUGCGCGGACAGAAAACCUAUCCCUCCGUGGAGAUAGAGCAAGAAACCUGGGCAAGGAGGCGACCAACUGGAAAUCUAGUAUCGACGGCUUCUUGCGGGGGUUUUAUGUGCUGCUGGCUCCAAGCGGAGCUCGGGUUACUUUUUUUUUUUUUUUUUUUUUUU